UAGAGCUCUACUUGUGGUACCUGCCACAGAGUAGCUGACACAACUGGACUCCUCCCAGCAAAAGUGGGGACUCAAGCUUGUUGCAUUCACCCUGCACUACAGAUAAGUGGGAUCAGCGAUCCUGCAUUCCCAGACCAUGAAUUCUGAUUCCAGCUCCAUGUCCAGCAGAGCCUCUUCGCCUGAUAUGGAGGACAUGUAUCUCAGGAGCCAUCAUCGCCCGGACAACAGGAUGAGCUCUGUAUCAUCCACGCAGAACGACAUGCUACAGAAGAUGUCGGAAGAGAUGCUCUCCAAGCAUGGCUCUAGAGGGGAAGGGGAGAGUAGUAAGUACAAGAUAAAGAAACAGCUCUCCGAACAGGACUUGCAGCAACUCAGACUAAAAAUUAACGGCAGAGAACGCAAAAGGAUGCAUGACCUGAACCUUGCCAUGGAUGGACUCAGGGAAGUUAUGCCCUAUGCCCAUGGACCAUCAGUUAGAAAACUUUCAAAAAUUGCUACUCUCCUGCUGGCACGAAACUAUAUACUGAUGCUCACAAGUUCCCUAGAGGAAAUGAAGCGCCUGGUGGGGGAGAUCUAUGGAGGGCACCACUCUGCUUUCCACUGUGGGACAGUUGGACAUUCGGCUAAUCACCCUGUGCACCCACCCAACGCUGCCCAUCAGGUCCACCCAAUUCUAGGCAGCUCUCUUUGCUCUAAUACCCCCUCCAGCCUUUCAGCAUCCUUGCCAGGUAUUGGCACCAUUAGACCUGCACACUCACUGCUUAAAACUCCUUCUACCCCUCCACUAUCAAUUGGCAGCGGAUUUCAGCACUGGGCAGGACUCCCGUGCCCAUGUACUAUAUGCCAGAUGCCACCGCCACCCCAGCUUUCAGUUAUGACCACCAGCAUGUCCCGGAUCUCAGCAGAAACCAAAGACUUGCUGAAAUAACAACAAGAAGAGGCGUCGGUACAAAGACUUGCCUCCUUAAACUGCUUUUAUACUUAUUCAGAUUAAUGAAAAAAAUAUAUAUACAGAAUUAUAGAAAAAAAAUCUAUUUGUGGUGAUGCAGGAAGACUCAGACAACAAAUGUAGUUUGUAUGCAUGCUUCUUUUAUGUUCACAACCAUUUUCCCCAUUAUUCUCAUGGUGUUGUUUGCGGGGGUAGUGUCUUAUAAGAAAUAUGUAAAAUAUUGAAUUAGGUUUGUCCGUGGUUAGCAUAUCAUUCGGUAUGUUCUGAGGAAUCCAUGCAGACCAGGUUGUUCUCAAACCAUUUUGCAGAGAUAUUUUUACAACUGAUUUUAAUUAUAAGACUGGAAAGAAUACAUGCAUGCUUAGAAGCGAGUCUUAUUAAAACGUGAUCCUGAGUACCAUACAGUUUUCCUUGUACCAAGGAUUUUAAUUGGGGAAUUCUUUGAAAUUGUUUUGUGUGUGUAUAUAUGACUUUGUAAAACUUGGUGGGAACAGUGUUGUAAAACCUCCACAGUAACAAAAUUAAUUCAAUGCUGGUGUCCAGUGUGGCUAUAAUUCUCUUACUGUGAACCUCAAAAUCCAACAUCACCCUUUUAUUGCAGCAAUGCAGAGAAAACUUCAGGUUUGGGAGAGCGCUUUAGCACUAAAAUGGGUAAAGGAUUCGUGUUCAUUUGUCUUAAAGUUGAUUUUCGUUCGCCUUUUAUAGUUUUUAUAAUAUAAUUUAGUCUCUGGACAUCAUGGACAUUCACUUGAACUUAUUUUGUUAAGACAGAUACAUUGCUUGCCUUUAUUUUUUAUAUUUUCUUGAUAACUAUUGAUAUAUUUAUUACAGAACAGCUUUCUUGGAAGGAAUUUAAAUAAAAGAUACAGUGAAAAUGAA